GCAAUAAGUGGUACGGCAAAUGUACCAUUUGCUAUCGACGAAAAUCCCACGCAAACAGCUAGACUAACGGCCAAAUAUUGUAAUAUAUCUAAGUGGGAUAAGAUUAAGACACAUGAAUUGAAAAAAGCUCUACAAGAAGUAGAUGCACAUACACUGCUUAAUGCCGGAGAUCAUUUAAAAUAUUGGGAUGUCGAUAAUUUGUUCAAUUAUAGACCAGUGGUUGAAGAUGAGUCGCCUACGGCGUUCAUAACCAAACAUCCUAAAGAAUAUUUACGUACUGGCCGUUAUUCACCAGUACCCAUAUUGUUUGGUCGUGUACCCAAUGAGGGGGUACGGGUUGUAAGCAUAAUGGAAUCAGAGGAAUUAAAAAAUCAAUUUAAUAAUAACUUCACCGAUUUAUUGACAAAACUUCAAGAAUAUCCACACUAUUUCACUUCAACGCAGGCAGCGGAUAAGACGGGUUUAAUAAUUAAAGAAUAUUUUAAUGAAAGUACGGUAUUAAAUGAUAACACGCAGCAGGGUUUUAUGGAUAUGCUAACAGAUCGCCUCUUCUAUCAUCCUCUUUAUAAUACCGUUAAAAUGUAUGUUAAUACAAUCGAUACAGUUAAAUAUCCAGUUUAUAUGUAUAAUUUCAACUACCCCGGAAUCUAUACAUUUGCCGAUAAAUUUGUCAAUCAUGACACCGCGAACAAAUACGGUAUAAUACACGGCGAUGAUUUUUCUUUAUCUUUUCUACGCAAGCUUAUUUUCCCUUAUAUGCACACAACUCAACCGAAGCAGAAGCUUUAAAAUUAUAUAUAGACGAUUUACUCUAUUUCGCUCAUAAUAGAAAACCCAAACAUUCUGUGGAAAAAUGCAACAAAGUAACAUUUUAUCCGGUAGAGGAUCGUAUAUGUCUAUAUAUGGAAUAUGUUAAAGAGCCUUCUGGGGAAAUGAUUGUUAAAAUCAUCGAUACAUUUGACACGAAACGUAUGAAAUUUGGGAUGAUAUUUUGCAUGAAUAAUAACAAUAAAUAAAUAAAGAUAAUUCUAAAUAAAUAU